AAGCCCUAUUUUGUUCGUGUUUGUUGCUUAAACGCUUUACAGCCGACUUCACAAAUGACAUAAACUAAGCAAAACACCGAAAGACCGCAGAGGAAGUACCAGGACAAUCCGCUGAAAAGAAACUCGUUUGUCUUCCAAAGGUUGCCUCGUGUUGUGAGCUGCAGUGUAUAGAUGAAUUACGAGCAGCCUCCUGCUUACACGGGGCCUGGUCCCGCUCCAGGAUACCCAGCUCAGGGAUACCCAGCUCAGGGAUACCCAACUCAGGGAUACCCAGCUCAGGGAUACCCACCUCAGGGAUACCCAGCGCAAGGAUACCCAGCACAGGGUUACCCAAACUACCCUCCUGGACCCCCUGGCCCCUAUACAGCACAGCCAGGAUACCAGGGGUACCCACAACCAGGACCUCCCACUAACACUGUGUAUGUUGUGGAGCAGGGCAGACGUGAUGACCAAUCCGGUGAGCAGGCUUGUCUAGCCACAUGUUGGGCGGCUCUGUGUUGCUGUUGUCUCUGCGACAUGUUGACCUAAACUAAAAGCACAAUCCACUGUGAGCUCCUACUGUAUUUGUAAAGAUCUUCAACUCCAUGUUUCGAUUCUUAUUUAUUUAUGACUACUGAAAGUAAUAAGCCGGAAGCAAUGUUUGCCUUAGAACACCUUUUUAUUCCUUCAAUCGUACGAAAGCCUUAUUACAUGUUGAUCUUAUUUGUAAUGACGAAUUAAAUGAUGUUUUUAUUAUUUGUCUGAAAAUUAAUGCAGAUGUCAUCUUUAUUAAUGAAUGCAAAUCUGGAUGAGUCUAGACUAGAUUUGAUAAUCAAAGUGAAUGUUUGAUCUGUCUUAAUGCAAGGAAUAAUGUUUAUUAAUUAAAAGAAUGGAAAUAA